CCAAACCUACCACCCAAUAAAAAUAAAUUUUCUCCCGCACCCCCCUCCCUCUCUUUUCAUCACACUCACUCCAUAUGAAUAAGUUUUUCUAGCAUCACAAAUCCCGUAUUUUAUUCUCGUUUCUUGUUGAACGACGCUGCGCGGCCAGGGGCGCCGUAGGCUGGCCACUCUCGCUGCCAGGUAGGGCCGAGCCGAGCGGUCGCGCUGCGUGGGAGGCGACCUACCCGCCCGCGGGCCCCGCCCCCGUCGUGAUUGCCGGCAUAUAUUGGCAGCGCCCACCGCACGCGGCGAGAUCGAGGAGGAGGCCGGAGCCCGCGCUAGGCUGCUGGGAGUUCUACCCUCGAAAGGUGGAGCUCGAAUAUUUGGUGCCUCUUAUCUCUCACCAAGGACGCUGGUGUGCCUCAUUGUGGAAUAGGAAAAUUUCUUCAUCCGCUUCGUAAUUGUUGAAUUGACACUAAGAUUUAUUUAGCAAUCAGAUUCUGGACUCUGAGCGGAUCUAACAGGAUCUUAAAAAGAGUUCUUUUGUUCAAAAAUUUGUUACUUAGUAGCAAUGGUGAAGGAUCAUCUAAUGCUCAAUGUUGAUCGCCUAAUGGUGCCUGAACCCAUUGAGGUCACUGGAGCACCCAAGAGCUCCUCAUCGAGGGACACCACUGCACUGCCCAUUACAGGGCAUUCCUUUUUUGCAGUUGGAGACAGCAUGGUUCCUGAAGAAGAACCUCUUCUGCAGAUGACGGAGUGCCGUAUUUGUCAGGAGGAAGAUGACAUUAAGAAUCUAGAGAGCCCCUGUGCUUGCACCGGCAGUGUAAAGUAUGCGCAUAGGGCUUGUGUACAAAGAUGGUGCAAUGAGAAAGGAGAUGUGACAUGUGAAAUCUGCCAUGAGCCGUAUGAACAUGGGUACACUGCACCUCCCAGACCCCAUCCUGAUGAAACUACCAUCGAUAUAAGUGGUGGCUGGACCAUUACUGGCACAGCAUUUGACUUGCGUGAUCCUAGGAUCCUGGCAGUAGCACAAAACCACAUUAUGGAAGCUGAAUAUGAUGACUAUUCAGCCACGAAUGCCAGCACUGCUGCCUUUUGCCGUUCUGCUGCUCUUGUUUUAAUGGCUCUCCUAUUACUAAGGCAUGCAUUGACACUAACUGAUGAAGAUGAUGAUGACACUUCAGCAAUGUUUUCACUUUUCUUACUGCGUGCUGCUGGUUUUCUUCUCCCAUUCUAUAUAAUGGCUUGGGCAAUUAGUAUAUUGCAGCGUCGCAGACAUCGGCAGGAGGCAGCUGCGUUGGCAGCAACUGAGGUGGCAUUCAUCCUCCAGUCUGGGCAAGGGAGAGGAGUGCAUUUCACCAUAGCACCAGAUUCUCCUGCCACGCCCCAGCACGAACCGCAACCUUGAAGAUGUCCCGCCGAUGAGCGACCGGCUGGAGGCAGCGGCGACAUCGGAUUUGCUGGCUUGCAUGAAUCACCAAAGGAGUAAUGGUUUGCUGCCAGAGUGCCAGUGCAGAGCCAUGUUAUUUACGUACUUUACGUCAUUGCCCUGAGUGUAACGUUCUGAGACGUGUCCCAGUUUGUGCUUCCGGAUUCUGUUAGGGUUGGCGUUGGCCAGGGAGUCUCGGUGAGUGGUGUGUAAGUAUAAAGUAACAAAGCCAUUUGGACCGUGUAUGUCGGUCCCAACCGUUAACUUAAAAUAUAGCCGACAGGCGGCUUUUCUCAAGGCCACUGUCUUUA